AAGUGCGACAUAGUAAUAUACUUAGUCGUCACGUAAAUUCCACCUAAUUCAGACGUGAACUUCAGAUUAUUUUUGUAUGUGGUGGGGUCUCCAUUAUCAAGAACAUGCCCUCAUAUUUCCAAGUAUAAAUACACUCUUCACGCCUGAUCAUAAAUCAGUAUCCAACAAAAAGCCCAUAUCUCGCACUUGUUUUCAGAAAAUCAUAGGGACAAGAUAAAGCAUAUCUACAGCACAAGAAAUUGGUUUACUUUGAUUUAAGAAAGCAAAGAGUCUACAGGAAUUUGUCUACUCUACUGAAAAUGGAAGCUGCCAGGUGUAGUGGCUCUAAAUAUAACUGCUUACUCUUUGAUAUGGAUGACACUCUAUAUCCUUUGAGCCUGGGGAUUAACAUAGCUUGUCGCAAGAACAUAGAAGAAUACAUGCUGCAUCACUUGAAUAUUGAAGAAAGUGAUGUGCCUAGGAUGUGCUUGGAGUUGUACAAAGAAUAUGGAACAACAAUGGCUGGUCUUAAGGCACUAGGAUACGAAUUUGAUAGUGACGAAUUUCAUGCAUGCGUUCAUGGAACACUACCAUAUGAGUUGCUAAAACCUGAUCCAGUCCUCAGAAGUCUUCUACUCUCGAUGCCACAGAAGAAAAUAAUAUUUACAAAUGCAGAUGAAGCUCAUGUAGCUCAAGUGCUUCAUAGGUUGAAGUUAGAAGAUUGCUUCCAUGGUGUUAUAUGCUUUGAAACUUUGAACCAAAGACACAAAAAUGUUAAACAGAUAAAUGGGGUCGAUGAGAAAUGCAGAGAAGGAGUGGAAGAACAUACUCAGGAUGUUGUCGACGCAAAUCAGAGAAUUCUCUGCAAACCUUCUACAGAAGCAAUAGAAGCUGCCAUUCACAUAGCAAAUAUUGAUCCCAAGAAAACAAUAUUCUUCGAUGACAGUGUUCGUAACAUUGCAAGCGGAAAAGCAGCAGGACUUCACACCGUUAUUGUGGGAAGAUCAACUCUGGUGCCAGGUGCUGAUCAUGCUCUGAACAGCAUACAUAAUAUAAGGGAGGCAUUACCUGAGAUAUGGGAAGACGAAGGAGAGCAUUUGGAUCAAAUACUCCAAUCCUCUGCUGUAGAAACUGUUCUAGCAUAAUAUAACAUUCGUGUGGAUCUUAGAUAAAUGUACUAAGAAAGAAAAAUAAUGUAAUAACAUCUAUUAAAUGAAAUUCUUACCCAGCACACCAGACAUGAUAGCAAAGUGCUGCCUGUCAACUAAUAAGAUUCUGGACUUGAUGAAUGUCCUGCAAAUCAGAUAAGUGCAGCAAAUAAACAAAUAACUGAUUGCAACGAAUCUGGAACGAGUAUUAAAACAUUCAUGUUUUGAUUGGG